AUGUCAUCACUGUGCUGCAAUGACCAUCUGCUUCCUUUGGGCUCUCGCAUUCUCCUCCCUCCCUUCAACUUCUGCCAAUUGAAAUUCGGGCCGCGAUGUUUUCAUAAUGCAUACCGUCCUGUCAAUAAUGAGGCUGACGACCAAGCAAACGAAAACACUGUGAGGGACUCUCUUGGGAUCAUAAGGUUACAACAAGCCUUCCCAUCCGGCAAGGCGGGACGAAGAUCACGACAGGAGAUGGUCUGGAGAAAUCUGACAGGGUAG